AAGGUCACCAAAAUGGCGCUGGCCGUCCGUCUUUUACCCCGCUUGCUACUUUCUCGGCCUCUACCGGGCUGCGCUGCCCGGCUCCGGACUCUCGGUUCACCCGAGGUGAAGCGCCCAUUGUCUGGACUUUGCUGCUUCUGCCGCCGCCGCCUCGGCUCGGGAGCAGCCCCAUUUCCUCGAGUCUCUUGGGCCUCCGCGGCCUUGGCCCUGUCUGCUCGGUAUCCUCAGCGUCCCUUGCUCAGCCCCCUGGAAGUCGCCUCAACCCUCCCCAUUUUCCCUUCUUGCCCCCGGCGAACCUACAGCACCGAGGAGCAACCCCAGCAGCGUCAGAAAACCAAAAUGAUCAUUCUGGGGUUCUCCAACCCCAUCAACUGGGUUCGGACUCGAAUUUACUCCUUCCUUAUCUGGGCCUAUUUCGACCAAGAGUUCAGCAUUACAGAGUUCUCAGAAGGAGCGAAGCAGGCUUUUGCUCAUGUGUCCAAAUUGCUGUCACAGUGUAAGUUUGAUCUAUUGGAAGAACUUGUGGCCAAAGAGACUCUACGUGUAUUGAAAGAAAAGGUUACUUCACUACCUGACAACCAUAAACAUGCGCUUGCUGCUGACAUAGAUGAAAUUGUGUACACAUCAACAGGAGACAUCUCCAUUUACUAUGAUGAGAAAGGAAGGAAGUUUGUUAACAUCCUGAUGUGCUUUUGGUAUCUAACCAGUGCCAACAUCCCCAGUGAAGCCAUAAGUGGAGCCCGUGUGUUCCAGGUUAAGUUGGGGGAUCAGAAUGUGGAAACUAAACAACUUCUUAGUGCAAGCUAUGAAUUUCAGAGAGAGUUUACACAAGGAGUAAAGCCUGACUGGACCAUUGCACGGAUUGAACACCCAAAGUUAUUAGAAUAAUUGUUCUUGGAAAAAUCAGCUUAUUGAACUUUUGGCAAUUACUGUGAAAGACUAAAGAAGAAAAAAUUUUCAGAUCAAUUGAUCUUCACUUAAUCAAGUUUGUGGAUUACUUUUGUAUUAUU